AUGGAGUUGAUUGAGUUAUGGGAUAGAGUUCAGGCUGUUAAUCUGUGUCUUACUGUUUUGGAUAGAUGGGUAUGGGUUCCUGGUUGUCAGGGUGGUUUCUUGAUCGCGAGUGCAUGGGAUUUUAUUCGUCCUCGGGGUGGUCGGGUUCAUUGGGCUGGUUUAUUGUGGGGUAGGGGGAAUGUCCCUAAGCAUUCCUUUUAUGUGUGGUUGGUCAUUAAAGAUAGGUUGGGGACUAGAGAUAAGUUGUGGGGUGUCGAGUCUCGCGAUCAUUUGUUCUUUUUUGUGUCAUUUCAAGGGGAUAUUUGGUCUCGAGUCCUACAGGUCAUGGUUUCCUCUCACAGGAUUAGGGUAUAUAAGCAAAGUUUGGGCUAUGCUUUUCCCACCACAAUUCCAGAAGUUGAUAUUCAAUUGCGAAAAAGAUACAAGAAGAUGGAAAGAACUAUGCAAGUCAUUCUCCUUCUAGCCCUAGUCUUUCUGUUUUCAUCUCUCUCGACUUAUUCCUUACCCUUGUCAACACGAGGAAGAUGGAUUAUUGAUUCGAAAACAGGACAACGAGUGAAACUCGUGUGUGUAAAUUGGCCUUCCCACACACAAAGCAUGUUGAUAGAAGGUCUCAACCAUAGGCCAUUGAAAGAACUAGCAGACGAAGCAAUCAAGUUAAGAUUCAAUUGUGUACGACUCACAUAUGCAACGCACAUGUUCACACGCUACGCAAAUAGGACAGUCGAAGAAAACUUUGAUCUUCUUGAUUUAGGUCAAGCAAAAGCUGGAUUGGCUCAAUAUAAUCCUUUUGUCUUGAACAAGACUAUUGCGGAAGCUUAUGAAGCUGUUGUUGAUGUGUUGGGGGCAAGUGGUCUAAUGGUGAUUGCUGACAAUCACAUGAGCCAGCCAAGAUGGUGUUGCUCUCUUGAUGAUGGGAAUGGGUUCUUUGGAAACCGCUAUUUUGACCCUCAAGAAUGGCUACAAGGUCUUAGCUUAGUUGCUCAACGCUUUAACAACAAAUCCACGGUUGUAGGGAUGAGUUUACGAAAUGAGAUACGAGGAAUGAUGGAAAAUGCAAAUGAUUGGAACCACUAUGUAACUCAAGGAGUAACCACGAUCCAUAACAUAAAUCCAGAAGUUUUAGUGAUUGUUGGAGGCUUAAAUUAUGACAAUGAUCUUCGAUGCUUAAAGGAGAAGCCUUUGAAUGUAAGCACCUUAGACAAUAAGUUGGUCUUCGAGGUACACUUGUAUUCUUUUAGUGGUGCUUCUGAGAGCAAGUUUGUGCAACAACCAUUGAACAAUAUUUGUGCAAAAAUCAUAAAUGAAUUUAUAGAUCAUGCUGAGUUUGUCAUUGAAGGAUCAAACCCAUUUCCUUUAUUUGUUAGUGAAUAUGGGUAUGAUCAAAGAGAGGUUGACGAUGCGGAAAAUCGAUUCAUGAGUUGUUUCACAGCCCAUCUUGCACAAAAAGAUUUGGAUUGGGCAUUGUGGACAUGGCAAGGUAGUUAUUAUUAUAGAGAAGGCCAAGCAGAGCUUCCAGAAACUUUUGGAGUGCUCGAGUCCAAUUGGACUCAAAUUAAGAACCCUAACUUUGUCCAAAAGUUUCAACUAUUGCAAACCAUGUUGCAAGAUCCAAAUUCUAAUGCAUCAUACUCUUAUGUUAUAUAUCAUCCACAAAGUGGGCAAUGUAUCGAAGUCUCUAAUGACAACAAAGACAUUGUCCUAACCAAUUGCUCCACCUCAAGUCGAUGGAGUCAUGACAAUGAUAGUACUCCAAUAAAGAUGUCAAGCACUGGUUUGUGCUUGAAGGCUAGUGGAGAAGGUCUGGCCGCUUCUCUUUCAACUGACUGCUUAGGCAAACAAAGUGUUUGGAGUGCAAUUUCAAACUCUAAACUUCAUUUGGCAACUAUCACAGAAAAUGGAAAGAGUCUUUGUCUACAGAUUGAAAGCUCAAAUUCUUCAAAAAUUGUGACCAACUCUUGUAUUUGCACCACUGAUGAUCCAACUUGCCUCCAAGACACACAAAGCCAAUGGUUUGAACUUGUUGAAACCAACACAUUGUGA